CUUGGGACUCUCAGAUUUCGUCUUCAGAGGAGGGGUUGUGAUGGCCACCCCUCAGGUGUCAAGAGGUGGGAGAUAUUUCAGUGACACUGCACUCACUCACUCAUUCACUCACUCACACCGUCCUUCUCUGUCGCUUCUCCUCUCCAUCUGCACUGCACUCGGCGGAGAGCUGGAUUUUGGAUUUAUUAUUAAGAACUGAGCCUUGAGGACUUAGGAGAGAUGUGUGGGGUGUGAGAAAGACUUACGGACUAAACAAAGGAUUCAGUGUGCAAUAAGUUGGAAGAAGUAUCAUGGAUGCAUUAGCUUUAGAGGCAAAAGGGGCUAAGAGUGAAAGCGCAGGAGCUUCGGCACCCCCCAAACCCAGACCAAAACCCCCCCAAAAAGCAAAACGAAUUGUUUACUUUGAGGUAGAGAUACUAGACAUCAAAACCCGGGAAAAACUACUGCUUCUGGAUAAGGUAGAGCCAACAUCCAAUAUUUUGGACAUUAAGUCUUUGUUCCACAAAUCAAAUGCACAGUGGUAUCCUGCCAGACAGUCUUUAUGCCUUGACCCAAAAGGAAAACCCUUAAGAGACGAGGAUAUCCUUCAGGAGCUCCCUGUGGGAACCACUGCGACCUUCUACUUCAGAGACUUGGGAGCCCAGAUUGCUUGGGGAACUGUGUUCCUAAUCGAGUGCAUUGGACCACUUGUGAUAUAUCUGCUGUUUUAUUUUCGACUGCCUUUAAUCUACGCUCCCAAGUACGAGUUCACCGCUAGUAGGCAUUUGGUUGUGCAUAUUGCCUGUGUGUGUCAUUCCUUCCACUAUGGGAAGCGAAUCUUGGAGACGCUGUUUGUCCAUCGCUUCUCCCACGGCACCAUGCCAUUUCGCAACAUUUUUAAAAACUGUUCUUAUUACUGGUGCUCUGCUGCAUGGAUGGCUUAUUACAUCAAUCACCCUCUCUACACACCGCCAUAUUAUGGGGAGAGUCAGGUGAAGGCAGCACUGGGAAUCUUUCUCUUCUGUCAACUUGGCAGCUUCUCGAUUCACAUGGCCCUGCGCAAUCUCAAACUAUCUGGCUGUAAGACGAAGAAGAUUCCUUAUCCAACCAAAAAUCCUUUUACAUGGAUAUUUGCACUUGUUUCAUGCCCAAACUACACAUAUGAGCUGGGAUCUUGGCUGGGUUUCACACUCAUGACCCAGUGUGUCCCUGUGUUGUUCUUCACUGUGGUGGGAUUCAUACAGAUGACGGUUUGGGCCAAAGGAAAGCAUCGCAGCUACCUGAAGGAGUUCAAACAGUAUCCCACACUGCGCUCCCCUAUCCUACCUUUCAUCCUAUAGCAGGAAAAUACAACACUAAAAAUAAGAUAUAGAGGAUUUUUU